GAAUGCUGUAAGGUUGUCAGUCGAUCCCCUCGAUCGACUUCUUCGGCUCGAUGGCGCCAUGUCCGCUUCGACCAGCCACGCCUCACAGUUGGGCUUGGCCGCACUGUCACGGCAGCUGGCGGAGCAGCAGGGCUGUUUGCUCGCACUUACGGGCAAGCUACAAGGUGUGCAGGACUCCACCAGGCGCCUCAACGAGUUCGAGCUGCAGGAGGCCAAGGUGUGGCAAUCUCGCUUGGCUGAAGCGGAGGAGAAGGCAGCAGAGCACUUUGCAAAGGACCGAGUUUGGAAAUUUUGCGAAAACCACGAGAAGUACUUGAAAGAUGUACUUGAAAGUAGUUUAUGUUUUUGUGCUAUUUGAGGUGAUGUUGCAUGUAACUUUUGACUCUGCAAACAUGCAGUGUCUCGGCGUGAGAAUUCCUCCAACCAGAAUGUGGGCGCUCGAUGUGCCGUUUUGGUACAGGUGCCGCAUGCCUGUCUUCGGAUCCCUUCCAAAAACGACGGGUCGUUUCCAACUGGCAAGUUCCAUGGUUGUUCGGAAUGACCGAUUGCUGAUCCACUGGGUGAGGUCGAGGAGGAACAUGGCUUCAAGGAAGCAAUCCAUCGUGCACAGCAGCGAGUGCAGAUGAUGAAGGAAGUGAGCUCAAGCCACCUCUACCGGGAAUGGCAAAGGCUUUUCUUUGCUCAUCACCGUUCUGGAGGAACUUUGGACAACUUCUCCACAGUGACCUUCUUGAGAGAGGUUUGCGAUGUAGUUCCUUUGUCAGAGCUUGCGGCCAAAGAAGCUGCUGCGGCAGAGCUGCAUGAGGAAACCUCCCUGCUGGAGAUAAGGCUUCGGAAUAUUGAGGAAACUGAACUCCAAGCAGCUGCCCAAGCUGCAGAAGAGUCUGCAAAAGGGCGAAUGCUUCGAGCAGAGCUGCAGGAACAGCAGGCGGUGAAUGCUGGCUGGCGCUCUGGGCGCCUGCAAGACAGUGUCUACAAGCUGAAGCUCCGUGAAGAGCAGGAUCAGCACCAAGGGCAUGCCAUGGAGCUGGAAAGGCAGCUGAAGGAAUGCGAGGAACGGACAUCAACUGCAGCUGCCAAAGCGCGGCUGUGGCGACACAGUGCCAAGCAGAUGUAUCAAGAGGUGCAGCCAUGCGAAGUUCGACAUGGGGUGCUGGAGGAGCAAGUCGAGAACAUGGCCAGUGGAACUGCCAAGCUUCAGAGAAAAGUGGAAAUGCAGGAAUUCCAACUGGGGCACCGAAACCUGGUACAGCUCUGGAGUAGCGAGGCAACUCAAGCUGGCCGCAUGGGUCAAGAACAUCAGAGCCAGGCCUUAGCCCUGCUUCGGCACAGCGCCUUGAUUCGCGCAGAUGAACAGAACGCGCAGCAGGAGCUCCAUGGGCUGUGGUCAGAGUUGGCUGAAACGCACCGCGAAGCCGCGCAGCAGACGGCUGCCCUCCGUCGGACCACUGAACUCCGUGAAGCUGUGGAGAAGGAUGUGCUGGGUUUGAGAGAGACUACCGCGUGUCUCGGCCAGCAGCGUUGGCGCACGCAGCAAGAACUGCACUAUGCAGAGGGCGUGGCUGCAUCGCCACGUUUGAAGGCGAAACUAAGCGGAGGCGCGCUCGUGCCAGCACUCCAGCUUCCAGAAGGAUAUGCAGGCAGCACCCCAACCCAGGUGUCUUUGCGAAGCUCGCUUCAGAGUGGUCCACUCUGAA